CUCAUCGUAGUCAGAUGUCACGUGUACAUGGAACGCACCAGAGACUUGCAGCUCCAGCCAAAACUCAAUACUUUCGUCACCGAGGCAUGACUCCUCUGCAUUUCUGAUUACACUCUUCUCUCUCAUUAGUCGAUAAGUGAGGUUCUUCAACUAAGCGAGGCUUCCCCGGCGCUCUUCUCUCGAUUAAAAGCUUAGGAAUGUCAUCUGGAAUUUCAUUCUUCUCAAAUUGGCCACAAAGCGAGCUUGAACUUUGAUGACUGAAUAAGCAUUUUGGCUCUUACCUGCGAGUGGAAAAAUUUUUGUUGCGGGAUUAUAUCUGAAUAUUUUGAAAGAUAAGCUGCUUAUCCUGCACUUUGUGUCUUUAUUUUUUCAAAGUUAACAGAGAAUCACUUGGAAGCUUUUAGACGUUACAAAUGUUCCAUGAUAAAUGAAACUUUUCUGCUUUCGCUGAAUACUUUCCAUCAUCAUCAGGCAAACCAAAGAGUCAAGCAAUAUUUCAUAUCCACUUUUCAGAAGCAAUAUUUGAUGUUGCGGGAAGCAAUAUAGUGUUCAUAUUGUUGCAAUAAGAGUUUAUCUGCAGAAUAAUGCUUGUUUAGUUUAUUUUUCGUCACUUUGUGUUGAUAUUCGAGAAGUUAAGUUGGAUCAGCCAAGUGCAAUUCAAAACACAAUCAUGCGUGGGCAAAUAUUAUUGAAACCGCCUGAAAUAGCGCUGAACGGCGUGCGGCAGACCGCCAUGGAUAGCGACUGGAAUGAAAUCAAACACAGAUACCAUCUGAAGGAGACCAUUGGGUCAGGUGGUUUUGCGAAAGUGAAGCUAGCCACUCAUCUACUGAGUGGUCAGAAGGUAGCCAUCAAGAUCAUGGACAAACAUGCCUUAGGGGACGACCUUCCCAGAGUAAAGACAGAAAUCAAAGCAAUGAAGGAGUUGGUUCAUCAGCACAUCUGUACUCUCUACGAGGUUGUAGAAACGAAAAACAAGAUUUUCAUGGUUAUAGAGUACUGUCCUGGUGGGGAGCUAUUUGAUUACAUUGUCGCCAAAGACCGUCUCAAGGAGGCAGAGGCCCGAGGAUUCUUCCGCCAAAUCAUUGCAGCUGUCGCUUUCAUCCACCACGAAGGGUACGCUCACAGGGACUUAAAACCGGAAAAUCUCCUCUUAGAUGAAGACCAGAGCUUAAAGUUGAUUGACUUUGGCCUUGCAGCGAAACCCAAAGGAGGUAUGAAGGAUCAUUUAGAGACCUGUUGUGGGAGUCCUGCCUAUGCAGCUCCUGAGUUGGUUUCUGGCAAGGAAUACAUUGGCUCCGAGGCUGAUAUAUGGAGCAUGGGAGUGUUACUAUAUGCAUUACUAUGUGGCUUUCUUCCUUUUGAUGACGAUAACGUGUCCCUCCUCUAUCGUAAAAUUCUUUCUGGUGUGUAUGAAGAACCGCCGUGGCUUUCAGACGAAACCAAAGAUCUUCUCAAACUCAUGCUUCAGGUGAACCCAACAAAGAGGAUCAAAAUGAAGGAGCUUAUUGUCCACCCUUGGGUCGUGAAAGCAUUCGGUACACCUGUAGACUGGGAGAGUAAAUGUGAGAAAAGUCAGCUAAAUGUGGACUGCGUCACAGAAAUGGCAAUGCACUAUGGGAAGUCGAAGAAGGACAUAAUGUCAACGUUAAAACAGUGGAAAUAUGACCACAUGACAGCCACGUAUUUCAUCCUACUAGCCGCCAAGUAUCGAGGUAGAACGGUCAGACUACCGAUGGCACACAGACCACUUACAGAAAAGAAUCAAACUGACAGUGCAAUGAGAUUCCAACAUCACCAUCAACAUCACCAUCCGCAGAAUUACCAUGACAACCUGGAACCGCCCACCAGCUCGCCCUACAUGUUCAGUUCAAUGGAAGACGGCUUGGAAGACGAGGAAUCCUACAUCAUCUCGUCUCCGCACCGACGGACCGCGUCCGAAAGGCGCCAUUCCGGGGAUCACAGAAGGCCACGCAGCUCCCAGAAUCCGCGAGAAAGACCGGUCAGUACGCAUUUAGAAGGGACUUACGUGAAGCCGGGCGGAGAGGACACGUACAUGGUGUCGACACCGCUGGUGUCGGGGAAAGAGAAUCAUAGAGACGAUGACGGGUUCGUGAAACCCACUGGUUUGCCGUUAAAGACUCCUGUAAGGAAACGGAGUAAAAGCGACGCCAAGGAGAAGACGUUGCAGAAGACGAGAGCGGCGGCCGUGAAACAACCGGUAGUUCCAACAUUAUCGCUUCCUCCCGUAGUAACGCCUUCAAGAUCCAUGGAUGGUGAUCUUAAUAGACUUACUGUCAACACUCCACAUAACAAUGGUGCCUUAGACAUCCAAAAAGCUGUCUCCAUGGAGGAUUCGUUAGACCGAGUAAUGAUGGAAGACGGGGAGAUGAAGAGAACCGGUCUGAGUGGAUCAGCAAAGAAGAUCUUCGGCAGCUUUGAGAAAGGAAUCGACAAGAUGAUCGAUCUGCUAUCACCGAGAAGAAGAUCCAACGCUGGCAUGGAUGAACCUAGGAAGGUCAAGGCUCUGUACAAUGUAUCAACAACAUCAACACUCCCUGCCGAUGUGGUAGUGGAGAGAUUAAAAGAAGGCCUUAUGUAUAGCAAUAUCGACUCGUAUAAACAGAAGGGGUAUACCCUGCGAUGCAAGAAGCAAGAUUCCAAGGGAAAGACUGUCCUAUCCUUUGACAUGGAGGUCUGUAGGCUGCCCCAGAUGGACAUGGUUGGGAUCAGGAGAAAACGCCUCAAGGGCGAUACAUGGGAGUACAAGCGCAUGUGUCAAACCAUCCUGGAACACUCGAGACUCUAGCGCCCUCUCCAGGCCGCCCUAUAGAGUAAGGAUAUUUGUCAGCUGCCUAGAUGGACAUAGUUGGAAUCAGAAGGAAACUCCUCAAGGGUGAUAUCCGGGAGUAUAAAUGCAUACUGUGUCAAACCAUCCUAGAACACUUGAAACUCUAGCGCCCUCUCCAGGCCACCCUACAAAGUAAGAAGGUCUGUCAGCUGCCUAGAUGGACAUGGUUGAAAUAGGAAGAAAACUCCUCGAGGGUGAUACAUGGGAGUUAAAACGCAUGUGUCAAAACCAUCCUGGAACACUCGAGACUCUAGCGCCCUCUCCAGGCUGCCCUACAAAUUAAGGCGGUCUGUCAGCUACCCAGAUGGACAUGGUUGGAAUCAGAAGAAACCAUCUGUCGAGACAAUUUGCGCCCCCUGUAGGCUGCCCUAUGAAUAAAGGAAUCCUCUAUUGUGCAUUCAUGGCCUAUCAUCAUUGUGUCUUUGAUCAAUGUGCUGGAUGAGCUUUCUGCUUAAACGAAAGUGACCCGAGAACCAACAUCUCCAAGGGACUUGAGGCCGAGGAUAAACAAUAUGGUUUCAACCUCUGGUUAUUGGUUUGCUUCCCGUCUCUGCUUAAGAAGCAUCGUAACAAGAACUGUAACUAGAACAGCACUUCUUUGCAAUCAAAUUCCUCUGACAUCGCUGAGGUCCAAUGCAGCCCACUCUGUAUCCAUGCAGCACCAUUAAAAGAGUUGCCUAAUUAGAGGUACCAGUGUGUGUGUGAAGACACUAUAUGAUUAUAAAGAUAAGACCUUAUGAUGGAUUCAGAAUCUGAGUUUCAUCAAAAUAUGAAGAACAUGCUGCAGAAACAAUGGGCUGGCUGUUGCGGUAUUGAGAUCUGCGAAAGACCAUUGCAAGAAGUAUGUCACACAAAUUGUUCAAUCAAGGAUCUUUCAGUGCAUUUAUAGUAAGCUGACAUUCACCACACACCCUUUCUGAGGUUGUGAAAAUGACUUGUAAAGAGAUUUGUCUGAACGGAUGUAGCUCUUAAACACCCAUGGGUCACCAACGCUGACUGAAAACUCGCUAAUUUUGUAUGAUUUUGGAGAGAACGGCCAUGUGAGUUCAAAAGUUAAACCUGACAUCGUAGAUGAAGAUGCAGCCUGAGUUCCACCAAGUAUGGUAGAUGUCAAACUUGUCCUACUUCAACGGUGAUGGUCCUCAAUGUAACUUUUUUUAACAUGCGUCUGCGAUAGGCCAAUAAUUAUCAAGUGCCAUUGUAAUCAAAUCUAGUAUUUUAUCAGUGAUAUAUCUCAUUGAGGAAUGUUAUGUAUUUAUGAUGAUGAGUGACAUUGUUCUUUGCAGCAAAUGGUCUUAAUGUUUUAUCUAUUUUUAUGGUGAAUUGGUAUGAUAGGAAUUUUCAUGCGCUGUUGAUCAGCUCUGGGUUAAAGGAUACUUUGGGGGUUUUCCACGUUGGAAAAUUUUGGUAGGAAAUGCUGUUGGAUUCUAUUGAUGGUGAAUUCAUGAAAGGGUUGUUUUUUUCAGGAAAUAUUGGAUGUAGAAAAUAUUGCAACUUGUACAUCCCACCUGUCCUGUGCUUUUGAAAUUCAUUAUGCAACAGUUAUUUCUGUCUUUUAACAAUCCCUUUCUUAUAGUGAUUAUAUUAGAUUAUGUUAUGUAUUGAUGUAAAUUGUCAUUCUUGAAAAAAGAUUUACAGAUACAUUUGGGUUAAGUAACUCAUUUAGAUUUUAUGCAAUUUUUUUUAAAUCAACAGAUGUUCUUGAUAACUUGGCAAACUUAUAUUAGGGUCUGCCAGCGUUGACAAUCAUUCCCAGAUUUUACUAGAAGGUAAAAAAAAAACCCACCCCUGGCAUUUGAUGAUUCCUGGUAAACGUUUCAUGAAAGGACUUGUCAGACGUGUUAUCCGACGAGUCUUACGUUUUCCGACAGUUACCGUGGUAACAGUGCUUCUCAGCCAAUCCGACAACUUAGUUGGACAAAAAAGGGUUGAAAAAAUGCUCCCUUGACGUCAAGUGUCACUGUGGCUUGUAUCCUUGAAAGAGGUUCCAAUUAUACCAUGGUACAUAGCCACGGGCUAGACAGAUUUUGUGAACAUAAUUAUGCUUAUUUCAUUGCACACAUUAAUUAAAAUUAUGAAUGUGCGCUUUUGGCAAAUUCAUGCCUGAAUGAAGUCCGAUACAAGAAAUCUGCAUAGUUCGUGGUAUAAUUAAAACCACUUCUGAGAAUACGAUCCUUUGCGGACUGUCGCUCUGUCACACUCCCACACUGAUUCCCAAGUAUACUUGGGGUUUUUUUUAUUGAUAAACAUUGGUUGGACAUCAUGCCUCCAGUUCCUCAAGAAAACUUGUUUUUCAGAGAGUCCCAAUGAUUAAGUAAUUUCAAUUUUCAUACAAUUCACAGUAAAAUUUGUAAUACUUGCCAUCAUGAUAUUUCAUUAUGAUAUGAUACAGGUGUAGACAAACCAGGAAAAUUCUUUAAAGUUAUCGUUUGUAUAUUACAUGGUUAAUAUAUGUACAGUACAACCAUGAAUCCGAUAAGAUGUGAAUAUCAACAUCAUCAUGUAUGUUUUGAUUUCUAUAUGUUUGCAGAAAAAGCAUCUAGUCACUAAAGUUGUGGCAUGAAGUAUAAAGCCCAUGAAUUGAUUAAAUAUCUUUUAGAGUAAAAGUUGGCUCGGGAAAUUAACAAAGGAUACAUGGCAAAUGUAGGAUGUUUCGAUUUCUUUUUCAAUUUAAUUUAUUUCCAAUGGAAAUUCAAGCUCUUAAAUCUUUUUAAUGAACCGACCAUGAAUAGACAAGGUCUAUUGCUUGGGACAGUCGUUGGGAUACGACUUAUUGAGUAUAAGUAUUGUUAGAGAAAGGGAUUACAUUGUAUGAAAGAGAGAGAGAGAGUUCAUUAAAAUACAGGGGACAAAAUUGAAAGUAAAAGAGAGAUGUGUGAGAGGGAGAGAGGGGGGGAUUUAGAGAUGGAAUAAAAGAGAGAGAAGAAGAAAGGAGAUAAUGCGAGUGAAACUGUUGAGGUGAAAGCGGGGGAGAGAGUGGGGAGGGCAGGGAGAAAAGGAGUUAUUUUGAAUUUUAGGAGAGAAGAGAGUUGAAGAUAAUGAGAAUAGAAAUAUUUCUGUAGUUGCAAUAACAAAGCAGGCCUUUUAUUAUACAUUGACUUCAGGAAGGCGGUUUUUAAAUUCUACGAACAAACUAUAUAUAUAUAUAUAUUUCAAUGUAAUUCAUCAUUUAAAGAAAUAUUUUUAUCAUGCUUUCGUGAUCGUAUGUAUAUAUGACCUUGUGCGGUAUUCUUAGUUCAUUUGCAUAUGGAUUUCUGUACAGUUUUUAUUACCUACUGUGAUAAUUGUGGUGUCUGUAAUAUUCUUUAUUCAGAAGAAAAGAAGACAUCUUGUUUUUUAGAUAUAUAUUUAACAGGGGUGUGCAAAGUGAUUAUCCGAUGAUGAAGAAGAAGAGGUUGGUGAGAGCGAUGAUUUAUUUUCAUUAUUUUUAUUAUUGUGCGGCUGCAAGGGGACCAAGUUUAACCCAAAAAGAGGUCAAGAUUUAUUUGUGGUGCAAUGCCUAGAAUCGAUCGGAACGUAUUUGGGUCGCACCGAAAACUAGCGUACGUACACACUAGCCAAUAGCACUCUAUUAAACCAAUAGGAUCACGCCUACUCUUCUCUUCCUACGGCUAAAGUAGCAUUCUUCAUUCAAAGAAAAAGUUUCCUUCUUUAAAAAAAAACAGUUUCCUUCUCUCUUUUACAUUGAUGUCACUCAAAAUUGUAGUUGGCACUUACAAUGUUUGUUUUCUUGUAUUUGAUUUUGUGAUUCAAUGUGUAGGUUGUUUUUGUUUAAAUGCUCACAGAUGUUCUUUGAUUUGCAUAAUAAUGAUUUUUUGUUUUUUAAUCAUUUUCUGAUUUAUAUUGUGCCUCUUGCCAGUCAGAGGAAAUGGUUUGUGUUAUGAUAAUAGCAAGGUGCAUUGUGGGUAAUUAGAAAUUAUUUUAAAGAUGUCAUUCAUUUCAUUCAAGCCAUCACAAUGCGGGUGUCACAGACACAGUAACUUUCAAACUUAUUCUUUCUCUUUCCUCUUUUUUCCCCCUCAUUGAUUUCCUAGACUUUUUUAACUGUUGAUAUUCACAAUGUCUAGGUCGCUAGAAGUUCAAAACUAUUCUUUCUCUCUGUUUUGUUUUUCGUCAUUGAUUGACUUGGCUUUUUAAAACUGUUAAUAUCCAUUGAAAACUCUUUUUAAGCACCAUCUAAAUAUCUGUUUCAAUUGUAAUCUGUUCCAAUCCCAGUAAAUAUUCCACAGAUAUAUGGGCUGUGAUACAAUUGACAAGACAACUUAAACAGAAAAUCAUGAAAUUUUAUCAAGUCCGCUUGAAAUGCACAUAAAGAUUAGAUUUUGAACUUUUUAAGGUGAAAUUUUUAACUACUUCGAAUUCUGUCCCAAAGGUUCCCAGAACAAAAAAUAAAAACUUGAACUAACAUGAAACGAUAGUGAUUAAGGGAUAACUUUUUUAAAUGAAAAGUUGGAGGGCAGUCUAGUCUUCAUUAACAUGAGAAGUGAGUGUGAGAAAGAGAGGAAGAGAGAGAGAAAGAAUGAUAUUACAGUUUGAAAAUAAAUUAUAUCACUUUAAGCAGAGUUAUAAGAUGCAGAUUAGUGCAUAUCUUAUCGGUAGUGUCGAGGAUG